CAGUAGAGUAUAAUAAAUUAAUUAUGAUAUAUGAUAUGAUCUAUGAAUUUAAUGUCAAUUUGACAAUGCUAUUUAAAUAUUCGAUUUUUUAAUAUGCUCUGACUGUGAUUUGUGGUUAGUUUGCACAAUGAUGUGAUGAUGUUCAUUCGAAAACUUAAUGAUUUAGCAAUAUACGAAAUCAGCAAUGCUUAGUUUUGUAUGAAAACUCAUUUAGUUACUUGCUAGAACUUACGUUGAACUUUUAUAGAUCUUGAUCAAGUAGUGAGGAUUUUAAAAGAUGACGGGCUUUAGAAAUAGUAAACGAAUUUUCCUUGGCCUUGGGGCUGCUGCCUCUGGAUUAUCAGUAUUUUACUAUUUGAAUAAGAACAAAUAUACAGCUUCUAUGUCAUGGACCUCCAAUUAUGAGCCUUCUCCAUGUGCAAAAUGGAACGACAAUUGGGAUCAUCGAGCACCCCAGUUUAUUAGGAGCAAGAAAACGAAAUUGUCUCAAAAAGAUGAAAAUAAUAACGAAGAUAUUGAAAAAUACACACCAAAGACGUGCAGGCACAUAAUUCUUGUCAGGCAUGGGCAAUAUAAUUUAGAUGGACAAACUGAUCAGGAUAGAUAUCUUACCAAGCUGGGGAGACUUCAAGCUGAAUACACAGGAAAACGACUACUGGAGCUUGGUUUACCCUACACUGAUAUGGUGAAAUCAACGAUGACUAGAGCGCAAGAGACUGGAACAUUAAUUUCGCAGUUUCUACCAAAAGUGCCUGUCCAGCACUGCGAUUUGCUCAGAGAAGGCGCACCAAUUCCCCCAGAACCGCCAAUUGGUUCAUACAGACCAGAAAGAUAUAAGUUUUUUGAAGACGGUGCCAGGAUUGAGGCAGCAUUCCGAAAAUACUUUCAUCGAGCUGAUCCCAAUCAGCAAGAAGACUCCUAUCACAUUAUUGUGUGUCACGCAAACGUUAUUAGGUAUUUGGUGUGUCGGGCUCUGCAAGUACCGGCAGAAGCGUGGCUUCGUUUGAGUCUCUACCACGCCAGCAUAACUUGGAUAACAAUAACUCCUAGUGGCAGAUGCAUUUUAAGAGUACUUGGUGAGGCUGGAUUUAUGCCUGCAAAUGUCGUUUCUUCCACAUAGAGAUAUUUGGAUUUAUACGAUUUUUCGAUGGCCCGAAUAUUUUCUAGGUAGAAAUUGUAUGAAGUCCGGAUGCACUGCUGAAAUAAACGCAGUAGAAUAUAGAGGAAUGUCAUAUCACGAUUAGUAAUUUUGAAACAUUUAAUAUACUGUUUAGCUAGCAUUCUAAUAAAAAUGAACCAAUCCUGCUUCAGACCAUACGAAAUUCCCGUAUGUAGUAGAGAAAUUGGAAAACACUAUACAAUUGAUCUAAUGAAAAGUAAUAUUUUGCACCUGGAAAUCGGCGAGUUUUUGUGCUUUAUUUUAUCACUUUAAUAUAGAUUAUUAAUUACGGAAUCGUUUUUCUAAUAAGCAAACAAUUCAAUUCUAAAGUAACAAAUUGGUGUUAAAUUCCAUCUUAAUUGCUUUUCCUAAAUAUUUUAUUUAUGUAUACAAUUUCGUAUUUCGAUUAAUCUUGUUUACUGAUAGAAUUGGAUUUGGUUUUGUCUCUUUCUACUCUGUAUAUUACGUAUAGAAACUGAUCAGAAUUGAUCACAAUACUUUAUAAAGGCGUUAAGUUAAGUUAAAACAAUAAUUAAAUAUAACUACAUAUAUUUUCGUUUAUAACUAAAAUACAUAAAUUUAUUAUAUAUUUUUUUCAAAAUAUACGUAAGAACUUUAAUAAAUAA